AGUCGAGUUUGGGGUCUCAGCGGCGACACACACAGCGACCACAGAGCUGCCACAUACCCAUGAUGAUGAUGUUGAUGACUAAUACCCAGAUGUACCUCAGUGCUGGCAUCGUCGUCUGCCUGUGCCUGUGCCUCGGCCAGCUGCAGGCAGCGGCCAUACUCUGUGGCACGGAGGCCAAGUCUCUGGAGGAUUCGGCCACGACCCCAAAGCCACCCAGCGAGGUCACAAAGUUCGUGCACAGUGUUCAGUGCACCUUGGAGAAGGCCAAGCCCUGGAUCGAGAACAUUGAGAAGGAAGCCAAGCUGCUGGAGGAGAAGGCCAGGGAUGUGACACGCUCGCUGCUCCAACGGAUCACACUCUUUGUCAAUGUCCUCACGCUGCCCAAGCCAGAGAAGCCGGAGCAGGCAGAGCAGCCGGAGCAGCCAGACAACAGCCAGCAGGACAAAGACAAGGACUCAAAGAAGGAAAGCUCCACCACUGAGGGCAUCCCCACUUCCCCCAGCACUGGGCCAACCGAGGAGACGACAACAUCAGCUGCAACACCCGCGAAUAUCGAGUGGCUGGGAGACGAUGCCAACGAGGUCGACAACGAGGUUCAGCACGGAAUGAAUCAGUAGUUUCCACACUUACACAUAGCUGCAUAUAUGCAUAUACAUAUAUACUACUCUAUAUAUUGGUUAAUAAAUUAUAAAAGUAGUUUUAUUU